AUGGAUGCUCAGAGCCUCACGACCCAGUCAGGCCCGUCCAAUAAGACGUCGUCGGAUGAAACAUGCAACAGUCCACCACGAAAGCGAGUGCUGGUGUUAGUCUGUGGCGGCGGGUACACAAAUGCAGCUCCAGUACUCGAGAUCGCCUCGAUACUCUCAACCAGAGGGUACGAGAUUGAGUUUGGCACCCUCUCUGGCCGUGACAGAUGGCUCAAGGACUGGCCCUUCAUAUCUCGCCUCCACGUCCUCGGCAACAGUGCGCCUUGGAGCGUGGAGGAGCAAGCUUACAUCAACAUGUGCGAGUGGAACGCAGACUUAAUCAAGAACUGGCGUACCGUCUUCGAAACCAAGGCAUACAUUGAGUCGACAUGGCCAGAGGUAUACACCUCGCUAAAGAGAGUCGUCCAGGACAAGAAGUCUCGGCCCGACUUUAUCCUCGCAGACUACUGGGUCGAGGCGGCGAGGGACGUCUGUCUCGAACACGACAUCCCGCUCGCCAUGCACUGGCCUCAGAUGCCUACCAACAUGCUUCACUCGGCUCACAUCCCAGGAAUUCCUGGACUGCAGAUGGAGGUCAUCACGUCGGAAUUCGCAACCAUCUGGCAGAGGCUAAAGAACGCAGCGGCGCUUCCCACUGCACUGCCCCAGUAUCUGCGAUACCUGCGCACGACCAAGAAGAUGCGCCUUACCAGGGGUGUGACGAGAAUGCCGGCCGCCUUGCCGAAGCCAGAGUAUCUCUGUCUUGUGAAUUCCUUCUUCGGCAUGGAGGCCGCAAAGGAUCUUCCGCCAAACGUCGUGCCAAUUGGUCCGAUCCUGUCGAAGGCGUACACUCCUUUGACUCCGCAGCUGGAUCAGUUCCUUGCGACUCGCCAUAGGGUGGUUUACGUCUCAAUGGGAACGCACGUAAUCAUGACCCAUGAGCGGUUCUGCCAUAUUCUCCGCGGAUGCAUGGCCGCCCUUGAUGCCGGCAAGGUUGACGGCGUUGUCUGGGCAGUGGAGUCCAAGAACCGGUCCCGGCUGAUCCAGUCGGAGCUCGUCUACACGUCACAACCAACCGUAACCGCCGCACAUGACGCCAACAAGCUCGCAAAGGCCACCGUCGGAGACUUGAUCAACAACGCGCAUCCGUCUCUCCUGUUUGUCGACUUUGCUCCGCAGCGCGCCCUCUUGUACAGCAGCAGCGUCGCCAUCUUUGUCAGCCACACUGGGCCUGCGUCCAAGAACGAGGCCGCAUUUGCGGGCGUGCCUCUGAUUUCUAUCCCUGUCUACUUUGACCAGAUCCAGUACUCUAUGCGAGCCCGAGAUGCCGGCGUCGCCCUGUCCUUUAAGAAGGAGAAGCUCACCACGCACGACAUCACGGCCGCCAUCUUCCGCAUCGUGGAUGACAUUGCCUGCCAGGGUCCAAUCUCGAUCAACGUCAAGCGACUGAGCGCCAUCGCGCAGCUCACAUCGAAGCGCAAGUUUCUGGCGGCUGACCUCAUCGAAGAGACUCUUAUCGACUGGGAGGGGAGAAAGGCAGAAAGGGAUUUUGGUGUGGAAAGGCCGCGCGGCAUGCAUCUGCAGACCGCGGAUGCAAGGAUGGGCUGGUUCAAGGCGCGCAACUUGGAUCUUUGGGCGCUCGUUGGUGCGGCGGGCUUGACCGUGGCUGGCAUCGUCAUCCUGGCUGUGGUGUUGCCUCUGAAGCUAUGA